CUUAACGGUAGCAUGUUACCUCCCCUGCUGUAAACUCGGAACUACCUGAGAAUCUCUACAAGUACGUCUACUUCUGAUUAUAUCUAAUAAACGAGUUUGUCUGUAUUACUGACAACCGAAAGACGUUUUAGUUAUAUUUGUAUCAGCUGUUGGCUGCCAGAGCUUGUAGCCUCGGGAACAGCAGCUGGUUGCAGACUCCUUGACCGUCCCCCCCCCCCCAUCCUUACUACUGAUCUCACCACCACCAUCAUCAUGUGUAACACGACAUCAGUAGGAGAGAACCAACUCCAGAGGAUCAUCAGAGAUCUACACGAAGCAGUGACUGAGCUGAGUAAGGAACACAGAGAGACGGGUGAACCAAUCACAGAUGACAGCCCCAACCUGCAUAAACUGUCCUACAAACUAGAGUACCUUCUACAGUUUGACCAGAAAGAGAAGGCGGAUUUCCUAGGCAGCAGGAAGGAGUACUGGGAUUACUUCAGAGAGUGUCUUGCCAAGACCAGAGGAGGUAACGAUGGCCUGCGGUUUGUCAAGGCUAUCCCAGAGUUAAAGACGUCCCUGGGUAAAGGUAGAUCGUUUCUCAGCUAUUCUCUGGUCCAUCAGCGUCUAGCUGAUUCCCUACAACAGUGUCUACUCAACCACAAGGUUACCAGUGAGUGGUACUUUUCUCGCAGUCCCUUCCUGAAGUCUCACCUCAGCAGUGACAUCAUCAGUCACCUGUAUGUUCUCAACGAGGUCCAGUUUGACGUGGCAUCCAGAGGUCACGACCUCGAUGCUGAUUGGCCCACAUUCGCCAGGAGGACUCUGGGGUCUAACUCCGCCCACCUCUGGAAACCUCCCACUCGCUGUUCCAGUGUCAACAGCCUGGUCAGCUACUCAGGGGAGUUCAAAGCUCAAGAAUACGGUUCCAGUUUGCUGGCUGACCUGGGGGAGGAGUUAGGGGAGCUGGGGGAGGAGCUACUUGGAGUCCCCACACCCUGCACUGCAGCAGACGACCUACGCAUCCAGGUUGACCGUUCAGAGCUCAGACAGCAGGAGCUGCUGCACCAAUCAGAGGCGAGACAUGCGAAAUUGCUACAGCAAGUCAGAGAGCUAGACCAGGAGGCAGAGGGGCUGAGGGACAAGGUCAGAGAGCUGCAGGGGAAGCUAUUGGCUCACAACCAGGAAGCUGUGACAGCCAACCUCAACGACAUGGAUCUGUUGUCUAAACUAGACAGCCAGGAGAAGGCGAGGCUGGAGGAGGAGAGGGACGCAGCGCUACAACAGACCCAUGUUCUGCAGGAGGAGGAGGAGAGGAACGCAGCGCUACAACAGACCCAGGUUCUGCAGGAGGAGGAGGAGAGGAACGCAGCGCUACAACAGACCCAGGUUCUGCAGGAGGAGGAGGAGAGGAACGCAGCGCUACAACAGACCCAGGUUCUGCAGGAGGAGGAGGAGAGGGACGCAGCGCUACAACAGACCCAGGUUCUGCAGGAGGAGGAGGAGAGGGACGCAGCGCUACAACAGACCCAGGUUCUGCAGGAGGAGAGGGACGCAGCGCUACAACAGACCCAGGUUCUGCAGGAGGAGGAGAGGGACGCAGCGCUACAACAGACCCAGGUUCUGCAGGAGGAGGAGGAGAGGGACGCAGCGCUACAACAGACCCAGGUUCUGCAGGAGGAGGAGAGGGACGCAGCGCUACAACAGACCCAGGUUCUGCAGGAGGAGGAGAGGGACGCAGCGCUACAACAGACCCAGGUUCUGCAGGAGGAGGAGAGGGACGCAGCGCUACAACAGACCCAGGUUCUGCAGGAGGAGGAGAGGGACGCAGCGCUACAACAGACCCAGGUUCUGCAGGAGGAGGAGGAGAGGAACGCAGCGCUACAACAGACCCAGGUUCUGCAGGAGGAGAGGGACGCAGCGCUACAACAGACCCAGGUUCUGCAGGAGGAGGAGGAGGAGAGGGACGCAGCGCUACAACAGACCCAGGUUCUGCAGGAGGAGGAGAGGGACGCAGCGCUACAACAGACCCAGGUUCUGCAGGAGGAGAGGGACACAGCGCUACAACAGACCCAGGUUCUGCAGGAGGAGGAGGAGGAGAGGGAAGCAGCGCUACAACAGACCCAGGUUCUGCAGGAGGAGGAGGAGAGGGAGGAGAAGGGGGAGGUGCAGGAUGAGAAGGAGCAGGAGAGGAAGGGGGAGGUGCCGGAGAGGGAGGAGAAAAGGAAGGGAGAGAAGAGGGAGGUGCAGGAAUGGAAGGCGAUGGAGAAGCAGCUUCAGGAGUUGAGGGAGCAGCUGAGGUCCAGGGACAGAGAACUGACGGAGAGUAGAGAGAAGAUCAGACAAUUGGAGGAGGAGAACACUGACAGACUGACUGGGGUGGGGCAGGAGAGAGAGAAGGGAGAGAUGGAUGGAGAGAAGGAGAAGCUAGGGACAGAGAAAGAGACUGCAGAGUGUUCUCAUAGUAAUCUACAUAAGGCUGGUUCUGCAGAGGGACUGUCUAUGGAGAAGAACCAGCACCUUUCCUCUAAGUCUGAGCCCCAGACCCAGGACCUCUCCCCCUGUCCCCAGACCCAGGACCUCUCCCCCUGUCCCCAGACCCUGCAGCUGAGCCAGGGGGAAGUGCUGCGGCUGCAGAGGGAGGUUGUGGAGCUGAGAGCCCGGCUGCAGCUGGGAGCAGAGCUGCAGAUAAGGAGUCAGGUGGAGAGGCUCGACAGACAGCAGGUAGAGGUGCUGCUGCUGGCCCAGGAGAGGGAGGAGGCUCUGGGGCAGGAGCAGCGCCGCAAGGCUAAGGCUUCACAAGGCCUAGUCCUGGAGCUGGCCUCCGCCAGGGAGGAACUCCACAGCCUGAAGAGACGCUACGAGGGCCUGGCCCUGGAGCAUGGAGACAUCCGGGAGGCCCUGGACCACGCCAACAGAGAGACAGCAGAGCUCGGGGUCCACAUCUGCAGGCUCACCGCCCAGAAUGAGGCGGCGCGAGAGCGAUGGGAGGCGCUGUCCGCCAGGUUUCAGGAGGAGUUGAACACCAGCAUGACCUCCCUGCAGCAGGAAAACCGCGGGAGGAGAAGGGCUCAGAAGGAGGCACAGCAGGAGAUCCAGGCGCUCCGCUAUCAGCUCAGCAACCAGACCAUAAAUCACCAGACACAGUUACAGGCCAGUACUGAACUACAGACACAGUUACAGGCCAGUACUGGGCAUUACAGGCCAGUACUGAACUACGGACACAGUUACAGGCCAGUACUGAACUACGGACACAGUUACAGGCCAGUACUGAACUACGGACACAGUUACAGGCCAGUACUGAACUACGGACACAGUUACAGGCCAGUACUGAACUACGGACACAGUUACAGGCCAGUACUGAACUACGGACACAGUUACAGGCCAGUACUGAACUACGGACACAGUUACAGGCCAGUACUGAACUACGGACACAGUUACAGGCCAGUACUGAACUACGGACACAGUUACAGGCCAGUACUGAACUACGGACACAGUUACAGGCCAGUACUGAACUACGGACACAGUUACAGGCCAGUACUGAACUACGGACACAGUUACAGGCCAGUACUGAACUACGGACACAGUUACAGGCCAGUACUGAACUACGGACACAGUUACAGGCCAGUACUGAACUACGGACACAGUUACAGGCCAGUACUGAACUACGGACACAGUUACAGGCCAGUACUGAACUACGGACACAGUUACAGGCCAGUACUGAACUACGGACACAGUUACAGGCCAGUACUGAACUACGGACACAGUUACAGGCCAGUACUGAACUACGGACAUAGUUACAGGCCAGUACUGAACUACGGACACAGUUACAGGCCAGUACUGAACUACGGACACAGUUACAGGCCAGUACUGAACUACGGACACAGUUACAGGCCAGUACUGAACUACGGACACAGUUACAGGCCAGUACUGAACUACGGACACAGUUACAGGCCAGUACUGAACUACGGACACAGUUACAGGCCAGUACUGAACUACGGACACAGUUACAGGCCAUUACUGAACUACGGACACAGUUACAGGCCAGUACUGAACUACGGACACAGUUACAGGCCAGUACUGAACUACGGACACAGUUACAGGCCAGUACUGAACUACGGACACAGUUACAGGCCAGUACUGAACUACAGACACAGUUACAGGCCAGUACUGAACUACGGACACAGUUACAGGCCAGUACUGAACUACAGACACAGUUACAGGCCAGUACUGAACUACGGACACAGUUACAGGCCAGUACUGAACUACAGACACAGUUACAGGCCAGUACUGAACUACGGACACAGUUACAGGCCAGUACUGAACUACGGACAUAGUUACAGGCCAGUACUGAACUAUAGACACAGUUACAGGCCAGUACUGGGCAGUACUGAGCUACAGACACAGUUACAGGCCAGUACUGAACUACAGACACAGUUACAGGCCAGUACUGAACUACAGACACAGUUACAGGCCAGUACUGAACUACAGACACAGUUACAGGCCAACACAGUUACAGGCCAGUACUGGGCAGUACUGAGCUACAGACACAGGUACGGGCCAGUACUGAACUACAGACACAGUUACAGGCCAGUACUGAACUACAGGCACGGCUACAGGAGUGAAGAGAGCCUGGUUGUGUCUCAGAGGUCCUGUGAGGAGCUGGGUGAGGGACUACGGAAAGCCUGUCAGGACAAACAGAGCUAUGAGCUUCGGACCUCAGCUGAACUGGACGACCUGUACCGCACCAAGCUCAAUCUGGAGGAAAGACUCAUAGAACUCAUCAGGGAGAAGGAUGCCUUGUGGCAGAAGUCUGAUGCUCUGGAGUUUGAGCAGAAGUUGAGAGCGGUAGAGCAGACAGAGAGAGAUACCUGCAGCAAUACCUCUCACUGUCUCUCCUGCAGCAGUCCGUUCAGCUGGUGGCUUCACAGACACACCUGCAGACUGUGUGGCCAUGGGUUCUGCUACUACUGCUGCAGUAACACAGUCAGCCUGAUGGAGGGGGGCGCCAGAGAGCGCUGCUGCUCAGUCUGCUACAGCCAGCACAUUGCUGUGGUAGAGCGCUAUCCUCAGGAAGAUACCUGUACUGCACCACACACACCCUUCAACCCUCUGCCCCAACCUGGCAGAACCAUGCAACCCAGCAACACAGACCCGGCAGUGCCAAGGGCAGAUGACGCUGCGUAUGACAUCAUAACAGAAGAGGAAGUAAUUGGUGUUUCCAACAGUCACUCUCUCUCCUUCACUACCUGCUCUCCUCACACCAACCCCCAGGGGGCAGCAGAGCCUAACGGUGGUGCCAGUACAGCAGACACCACACCAGAGGACCUACAUGACCAGACUGGAGCAGUUCAGGAUGCAGAGAUCUGUCUGCUGAGGAGUGGAGAACUCACAUGUGUUGUUGUUAUGAUGCGUGUGUCGUCCUCGUCCAGGCUGUGUGUUCCGUUCAGUGUGGAGGAGAUCAGUGUGUUUGGUGACGAUCUGAGGGAGCUGUUCGUCAGGUCUGGUUGUUACAGCUCCAUCCCCAUUACUGGGUCUACCCUUGGUGCUUCCAUACACUGGCUGUUCACCUCACAGCCCAAGAGCAUCUCAUUUAGUGUGCUGUACAGAGAGGACACGCACACACCUCUGGACGAGGCUAAGGUUCUGAUCCCUCUGACUCGCUGUCACUCCCACAAAGAGACCAUGACAGGAGAGCUGAUGGUCAGAAACACUGGAGAAUACACACUCAUCUCAUCACACACACACACCUAUACACACACACACACAUCUAUACACACACACAUCUAUACUACACACUCAUCUCCGACAACUCCUUCUCCAGGUACACACACACACACACACACUUCUAUACUACACACUUCUAUACACACACACACUUCUAUACUACAC